AUGCUUUGCAGGCUCAAUUAUCCCCAGGAACCGGCCCUCGGCAUCCUGCCCCCGUUGCUCCGGAGUCCGGGUGAGUUCAUGAUGGCCGGUGUGGCCGAGUCGGAUGUGAUGCUGCUGAACAUCACCACCAACCCUAUUAUUAAAGCCAAACAGUCGACAUGCCACCUGUUCUGA